AUGGGCCACGUGAUGGACGAUGCCGACGAUUGGUUCGAAGGUGAUGAGCGACGCUCGUCCUCGAGCGCGUCGGACUUUGACUGGGACAAAACUGCGCGCUUGAUUUGCGCCGUGUUGCUACCACCUCUCGGUGUGUUCUUGCAAACUGGUUGCAACAAAGACCUAGCUAUCAACGGGUUGCUUACGCUUUUUGGCUACAUUCCUGGGAUUAUUCACGCCAUUUACGUGAUCUGCGUGAAUUAA